CUUAAUCGUGAUCUUAGAAAUAUCUCCGAUUCAAGCUUGAAGAAACAAAAAAUCCGUUUAAUAUAAUGUAAAGUUGUUGAAAUAAACGGUCCGUUCUUCUGCUUCUAGAAGAGUUUAUAAAACAAGAACAUGUGAAUUGGAGAUCGUUCUGCAAUAUCAAAGGCGUCGGAAGACUUUGGUUUAAAAUACAGGAGUUUGGUACUCCUAGAAUAAUAACGCAUUAAAAAUCAAAGACUAUUUACAAGAAGUAAAAUUAAAAAUGCAAAUUCUACCUCCAGUACAUUAAACAGCAUAAGUCUGAAUCCUAAGACAUAAGGUUCCAUAAAUAAGUAACUAGGAAAGUCCUAUUACAAGAAGUUAAGACUGAUAGUGGCAAUGGCAGACUUCAAUUCUGAAAACCAUGUGCAGUUGGACGCGGUGCUGAGUUCUCUGGGCACAGGGUGGCACCAGGUAGCUACCCUGGCCAUGCUGGCCCUGGUCUACGCCACCAACUCCAUUUAUAACGUCAACUACGUGUUCGCUGUUGAAGAUGUCAACUACAGAUGUAAACUACCAGAAUGCGAUAGCACCAAUACCACAUUCCUGUCUCCUUGGUUAGACGGAACUUCAUCCUGGGAUAGUUUGAAAGAGUGUCGACGGCCUAUCAUAGGUCCUGGGUGUUCAGUACCUAACAUCAGUGCCACCAUAGAGUGUACUGAAUGGGUCUACCAGGAUCCUCACAGUUUCGUAGCUGAGUUCAAUUUGGCCUGCGAAGACUGGAAGCAGACGUUAGUGGGCACAGUCCACAGCUUCGGCAACAUGAUGGGCCUGCUUAUACAGGGACAGAUCUCCGACAGGUUUGGACGGAAAACAGCCGCUGUGUUCGCAGGCACCAUGGGCGCUGUACUAGGGAUCGCCAAAAGUUUCAGCACCUCGUUCAGUAUAUACGUGGUCCUUGAAGGGCUGGAGGCAGCCAUCGGUGACGCGCUCUCACCAAUGUUUAUGCUCAGCAUCGAGAUCGUAGAAAAGAAACACGCUGUCCUCUAUCAAAUGAUCCUCCUGAACUGCUACACCUGUGGACUUAUUGUGAUGCCGUUCAUCGCGUGGGCUGUACCAUACUGGAGGAAUUUCUUGAGAGUCAUCUACGCUCCCACAUUGCUCAUCCUUACCUACUCGUUCUUCCUUGAUGAGAGCAUUCGCUGGUUAUUCAGCAAAGGGAAACGGGAACGCGCGCUGCAGGUUAUAGAGAAGAUCGCGCGAAGAAAUGGUGUCCAGUUAGACAAAGCGUUGCUUAGCAAGUUAGACUAUGUCGACGAGACGGAAAAUAAACCAAGCGAUAAGCGAUUGCUGGUCAAGACAUUUCGCUCUCGCAUCAUGAUGCAGCGGUUUCUAGUCUGCGUUGUUUGGUGGUUUACCAUCACUCUUAUCAACUACGGUAUGAUGAUCAGCUCGGUAUUCAUCGACGGGAAUAAGUACAUCAACUUUGCUCUACUGAUGCUCAUGGAUAUUCCGGCAAAUAUCUUCUACUGGCUCGCACUAUCUAAGUAUAAAAGGAAAAUGCCGUUGCUGAUCUCCUUUAUAGUUGGUGCGGUGUUGUGUAUUGCACAACCAUUUAUACCUAAAGGCUACGCGUGGGCUGGUCUGGCAAUGUUCAUGAUAUUUGAAAUGCUGGCGACGUUCUCCUACAACAUUGUGUAUAUGUACACCUCGGAGCUGUUCCCCACUUACACCAGGAACUCUAUUCAUUCCAUCUGUUCGGCUGUCGGCAGGGUCGGAUCACUGGUGGCUCCACAAACUCCAUUACUGAUGUCAUAUUGGACUGGCUUGCCGAGACUGAUCUUUGGUCUGACGUCACUAGCUGCAGGAUGCCUGACGUUGUUCAUGCCUGAGACAGCUGGAGUGGAGCUACCCGACACAGUGGAACAGGCGGAAAGCAUAGGGAUAAAGGAACAAAAACACUCGCAGCAGAUGAAGUUAAUAGCAAAUAGAGAGGAGGAAAUGAAGCCUAAAUAACGUAAACUGAUGUAAAAGAGGUUCCUUUAUCUAGAGAAGAAAUUAAAUAUAUCUAAUGAGAUAUGAAACGAGGCAAAAUAAAUGUAAUAAUUGUAUUUGAAAAGUAGUUACGUUAAGCUAAAACAAAUUAAUGUUACGCAAGAUUAUAUCAUUGUGCCACGUUUAAGACGAGCAGUUCAAUGCCAUUUUCAGUUAUUUAUUUAAAUAUAGGCGAGGUUAAUAAAAAUGCUAAAGGUAUCUUGUCAUGCGCAAUACCAUAAAGAAUUUUAUUGUUUGUAAAUAAAUGUAGAACAAACGAAGUGCUCGUAAAACUAACAUUUGUUGAAAUAAGUGUCAUUGUAUCCAGGUAACAUAUUUAUAUAACACGUAAAAUAUUUGCGCGCCAUUGAAGGUGAGUGUUUGCACAACCGACCCGUGUCUACUAAUACAUUGGUGGUUUUAAAUGGU